AUGGCUGCUGCCGAUCAGGAGCUCGCUGCCCUGCAGCAGAACAAAACUCUAAGUACCAUAGUAGAGCGACUAGAGCUGGAGCCAUGGGAGAAUGGGAUUUUUUGCUCCUACUGUGACUCUCCUGUGCCCGCUGUUAAGUGCUGCCUGCACUGUGAGGCAUUUGUCUGUAGUAAGCACCUGAGAAUGCACAGCAAGUCAGUGAAACACAUCUUAAUAGAUCCCACCAUGCAACUGGGGGAGAGGAAAUGUUCUGUUCAUGAUGAAAUUCUGAAAUAUUACUGCUAUGAGGACUAUACUUGCAUCUGUGUGUCCUGCUGGGUGAGCGAGGAGCACAGGGGCCACUGGGUGGAGCUGCUAAAUGAGGCAUCUGCGAAAAAGAAAAAGAACCUGAGAAGUCUUCUGGAGAAAAUGUCCUCAGAAAGAGAGGAGACUGAAAGAGAAGCGCAGAGACUGCAGGAGCACAGGAGAGAAGUGAGAGAGAAAGCAGCUGCUGAGACUAAGCGAGUGACUGCCAUGUUUAGGGGCAUCAGGGAACAGCUGGAAGCCCUCGAGAAGAAGGUCCUGAGUGAGAUCUCCAGGCAGAAAGAGGACAUUUCCAUCAAACUCUUGGAUUUAAUCCAACAGAUGGAAAUAAAGAAGGCAGAGCUGUCUAGGAAGAUCCAUCACAUUGCGGAGCUGUGCAACACAACAGACCCCCUAACUGUCUUACAGGAAUGGGAAUCAAAUGGAGAUGACUUCUGUGUGGAUGAGUGGGAGGAUAAUGAGAGCGAUGAUAUGAUAGUCCCUUCUGUAAGACAUCUGGAUGUCAACCUGACAUUAUUCACAGGCUUAAUUGAGAUUGUGACUAGUGUACAGGGGUGCUGGUUCCCUGGGCAGGAGGCUACAGACAUGUUAUUGGAUAUAAACAUAGCUGGGGAUCAAGUAUCCGUAUCAGAUGACUGGAAAUCUGCAUACCACUCUUGUACAGACCAGUGUUACCCACAAAGCCCAGAAAAAUGUCAGUACCCUCAGGCUUUAAGCACCACUCCUUUCACCCCAGGGCGUCAUUAUUGGGAUGUGGAAGGCAGUGAAUCAGGAAGCUGGAAGGUAGGGGUGGCUUAUUUCAGUAUUGAGAGGGAAGGGGUACAGUCCUGGAUAGGGGAGAAUAACAAGUCCUGGUGUUUGUACAAAUGGGAUAAUACGUAUUCAGUUAUAUAUGACAGGAAAGAAACCAAGUUGCCCCAUGUUCCUUCCUGCAGGAAAAUAAGAAUCACACUGGAUCAUGAGGCUAGACGCCUGUCUUUUUAUGAGCUGAGUGUGCCAAUCCGACCCUUACACACCUUUACUGCCUCCUUCACUGAGCCCCUUCAUGCUGCAUUCUGGGUAGGGUGGGAUGCCUGGGUGAGAAUCAUUAGUUAG